AUGGUUCCAGGUUAUAAAUGUGACAAGCAGGACACUCUGCUCUCUGUGACUGGAGAUCUCAGCUCCAAAUAUGCAAAGCUUAUGGCCUCCAUCCUCAGCAUCUUCAAGGUCCCACAGGAGAUGCCUUUUGCCAGGUGUGGCAUGAAGAGGUGUCAUGCAGGAGAUAGGAGAAGUGUCCCAGAGGGCAAGCCAGUUUGCUGUUACCAAUGUGCCCCUUGUCCAGAAGGGACCAUUUCUAAUCAGACAGAUGCAGCUCAUUGUGAUCCUUGUCCAGAAGAUCAAUAUCCCAACAAGAACAAGAACCAGUGCAUUGCCAAGAUGCUCCACUUCCUUGCCUAUCAAGAGCCUCUGGGAUAUGCUUUAGCUUCUCUAGCUUGUUUUCUCUUUCUGAUUACAUUUGCAGUCCAAGUGAUUUUUCUUAAAUAUCAUGACACACCAAUCGUCAAGGCCAACAACCGAGAUCUCACCUACAUCCUCCUGGUCUCCCUCCUGCUCUGCUUCCUCUGCUCCUUCCUCUUCAUUGGUCAACCAGGGAAAAUCACCUGUCUCUUCCGACAAUCUGCCUUUGCCAUUCUCUUUUCCCUUGCAGUUUCCUCUGUCUUGGCAAAAACUGUCAUGGUGGUUCUGGCCUUCAUGGCCACCAAACCAGGGAACAGGGCAAGGAAACUCUUAGGAAAACCAUUGACCAACUCCAUUGUCAUAGCUUGUCCAUUGAUUCAAGCACUUCUUUGUGCUACCUGGCUUCUAACCUCUCCCCCAUUUCCCAGCUUGGAUUUCCACUCCUUGGUAGGGGAGACCAUCUUGGAAUGUAAUGAAGGCUUAGCUUCAAUGUUUUAUGCUGUCCUUGCCUACCUGGGCUUUCUGGCCCUUGUUAGUUUCACUGUAGCCUUUUUGGCUAGGAAAUUGCCUGACAGCUUUAAUGAAGCCAAGUUCAUUACUUUCAGUAUGCUGGUCUUCUGCAGUGUUUGGAUUACCUUCCUCCCCACCUAUUUAAGCACCAAAGGUAAGUCCAUGGUGGCCGUGGAGAUCUUCUCCAUCUUGGCCUCUGGGACUGGUCUCUUGGCUUGUAUCUUUUUCCCUAAAUGCUUCAUUAUUUUACUGAGGCCUAAUCUGAAUUGUAGAGAAAAUAUAAUGAGGCACAAGAAUCUGUGA